AUGUCAUCUUCAUCACUUAUCACUGAACCUGCUGCGGUCUCGUUGGAAGGAUAUGUCGGCUUUGACACCAUCACACAGCAAAUUGAAAAGAAAUUGUUGAAACGUGGUUUCCACUUUAAUGUCAUGGUAGUUGGGCAAUCCGGUCUAGGCAAAUCAACGCUCGUGAACACCAUCUUUGCAUCACAUUUGAUUGAAAGCAAGGCACGCUUGGCUACUGAAGAACCACCACGACAGACAACAGAGAUUCAAACGGUGUCCCAUUUGAUUGAGGAGAACGGAGUGCGUCUGAGACUCAACAUUGUGGAUACCCCUGGUUACGGAGAUCAGGUGAACAACGAGAACUGCUGGGAACCCAUUAUCAAAUACAUCAAGGAUCAACAUUCGGCUUAUUUGCGAAAGGAAUUAACCGCUACUCGUGAUCGCUAUAUCCAAGAUAGUCGUGUGCAUUGUUGUCUCUUCUUUAUCAGCCCCACAGGUCAUGCCUUGAAGCCCAUUGACAUUGUUGUGCUCAAGAAACUGUCCGAGGUUGUCAAUGUUGUGCCUGUCAUUGCCAAGUCAGAUUCGUUGACGAUUGAAGAACGCCACGCUUUCAAGCAAAGGAUCAAGGCUGAGUUGGUGUUCCACAACAUCAAGUUGUACCCUUAUGAGAGCGACGAGGAUGAUGAGCAAGAACAAGCUCUCAAUGAAAGUAUUCGUGAGCUGCUGCCUUUUGCCAUCGUUGGCUCAGAGCGCAAUGUAACCAUUGAUGGCAAAGCUGUGCGAGGUCGCAAGAAUCGAUAUGGUGUCAUUAACGUGGAGAAUGAAGAGCACUGUGAAUUCAUUUACUUGCGCAACUUUUUGACACGUACACAUCUACAAGAUUUGAUUGAAACCACAGCCCAAAUUCAUUAUGAAGCAUUCCGUGCCAAACAACUUUUGGCUAUCAAAGAAUCGACCAAUCCAUCGAGUGCAAGCACAGCAUCCCAGCCUUCAGCUGCUGCCACAUCCCAAGACACUCUCCCCAAUAGCCCCCCUGUUGCUGUGAGCCCAGCUAUGGGAAGCCCUGCUCAAUCCAACCAAUCCGUGCCUGCUUUUGGUUAA